CCGCGUGACGCUGCAGCGAACUCUUGACUCUGACCCGUCUCCGGGGAGCGGAGCGGAUUACCUGACCUGCCUCCACCCGCCAUCCGGGCGCGUCCUCCGCUUCCGCCGCCGCCGUCUACCUCCAGAUCCGCUAGUGGGUCUCAGGCGCUCCUUCUCUGCGAACCGAUUCUUCUCGCGAGUCAGCGGCUCGGCGCCCGCAGAAGACAAGAGUCGAGAAGAGGAGGAGGGGGACCCGGCCGGCGGCGGAAGAAGAUGUCGUACCUGCUGCCGCACCUGCACUCGGGGUGGGCGGUGGACCAGGCCAUCCUCGCCGAGGAGGAGCGCCUCGUCAUCAUCCGAUUCGGCCACGACUGGGACGAGACCUGCAUGCAGAUGGAUGAAGUGCUGGCAGCAGUCGCUGAAACCAUAAAGAACUUUGCGGUUAUCUACCUUGUCGACAUCACCGAGGUCCCUGACUUCAACACCAUGUAUGAGCUGUACGACCCAUCAACAGUCAUGUUCUUCUUCCGGAACAAGCACAUCAUGAUCGAUCUCGGGACGGGAAACAACAACAAGAUCAACUGGGCCCUGAAGGACAAACAGGAGUUCAUUGACAUUGUGGAGACGGUCUACAGGGGUGCCCGCAAGGGCCGUGGUCUGGUGAUCGCUCCCAAGGACUACUCCACCAAGUACCGUUACUAAGAAGACCGGCAUUCAGGUUCGCUGCUGCUACUGCUGUUCAGCAGUUCAAGUCGCUAGCCUAGUGUCUUCAACUUGUGUUAGGGGGAUGUUUACUCAGACAGUCAGACAAGGGGUGUUUGCUUCGAGUGUUGCCUAACUGUAUCAUGGCAUGCGUAAUAAACCUGUAAAGUUGUAGCCGUGAGCUGAUUGUUCGGGGUAUCAAUAAAACAGCAUUUGUGUUGACUCUGCAUCUAUAAGAAACGAUUGCUGGUUUGGUACU